ACUUCCAGCCCGGUGGUGUGGUCACUUUAAACGCAGGGCGGAAGGCAGAUUUCCGAUCGUCCGUGAAGCGGAUUAUAACGGCUUCAGUCCAGUCUUGCGUCUGCUGCUCAGCUGAUCCGGAUAAUUCCCUCCACAGAGAAACACGACAAGCCCUGCCUGUAUGCUCAGCUCAUCGCAGCGCCAUGGAUUUCAACGUAAAAAAACUGGCUUCUGGUGCAGGGGUCUUCUUCACCCGAGCAGUGCAGUUCACAGAGGAGAAGCUGGGCCAGGCUGAGAAGACGGAACUGGAUCCCCACUUAGAGAACCUGAUUGCUCGGGCCGACUGCACCAAGAACUGGACUGAAAAGAUCUUGAGACAAACGGAGGUGCUCCUGCAGCCCAACCCAAUUGACCACACUGGUGCUCGAAUAGAGGAGUUCAUCUAUGACAAGCUGGAUAAGAAGCUUCCCUCUAAGACGACUAACCCCGAGCUGCUGGGCCAGUACAUGCUGGAAGCUGCCAAUGAAUUUGGUCCGGGAACGCCAUAUGGCAGUACCCUGAUCACAGUGGGAGAGUACCAGAAGAGACUGGGAGGAGCUGAGCGCGAGCUUCUCCAAACCUCAGCUGCCACCUUUCUCACCCCUCUCCGCAACUUCCUGGAAGGAGACUGGAGGACUAUAUCUAAAGAGAGGCGACUUCUGGAGAAUCGACGGCUGGAUCUUGACAUCUGCAAAGCACGCCUGAAAAAAGCCAAGCAGGCAGAAGCCAAAGCAGCGGCUGCACCUGAUUUUCAAGAGACAAGGCCCCGAAAUUACGUUCUUUCUGCCAGUGCAUCAGCGCUGCAGAGUGGCUGGGAGAGCUGGGAUGUGGAGACGAAUCCCAGUGGAUCAGAGCAGAUAAAGCUGCUGAGUGAGGAAGUGGACAAAGCGGAGCAUGAGCUUCGAGUCGCUCAGACAGAGUUUGACCGACAAGCUGAGGUCACCAGACUGCUGCUGGAAGGCAUCAGCAGCACACAUCUCAACCACCUGCGUUGUUUGCAGGAUUUUGCAGAGGCUCAGGCCACUUACUACGCCCAGUGUCAUCACUACAUGCAGGACCUUCAGAGAGAGCUCCACAAAUGUGCUAAUUCCGUGAGCACACCCCACCCUACUGCCGCUGUCUGCCCCGACCCAGACCACCUCCCCUCUGCUUUCCUGUCUGGUCCAUCAUCUCCUGGAGACUCAGUCUCCUCUUCGUCUAACCACAGGCCCAGCACACUGGCUAUGGAGCAGACACAGCUCCCUGUCACCGGAUCCAGAAAGGCCAAGGUCCUGUAUGACUAUGACGCCCAUGAUGCCAGCGAGCUUUCACUUUUGGCUGAUGAGCUCAUUACUGUAUACACCGUACCAGGAAUGGACCCUGAUUGGUUGAUUGGAGAACAAGGGAACCAAAAGGGCAAAGUCCCGGUCACGUACCUUGAACUGCUGAGCUAAUGGAAUAAACAACAGGAGACCCACACACAUGCACGCACGCACGCCCAAACGCAUGCACACACACACACACACACACACACACACACACACACAAACACAAACACCCUUUUUUCUUUUAGUUAAGGUAUUUUUUAUCCGUGGCUAUCUCAAACAUUUUUGCAAACCUGUCUGUUGGGAAUGUUUCGAUAAAUACAGAUGACUGGGAGGAGAUUGCAACCAACGCAUUAUAGACUUCCCCUUAUUCCAGUAAAGUGUGGGUGAGUUUAAUGAAACCAAAUUCAAAGGUUCCCUUCCUUUUGUAACUGUGCAGUUCGGGUGUUUUUGUGUAAAAACUAAAACUCAAGUCUUCUGAGUCUUACAUGUGUUUUUACAACAAAGCAUUCAUGUGGCGUUACAAGCGAAUACAAGAGUUAUUACAACCAUCAUUCUUAUAUUGGUUAUGAUAAUGUUGUACUCACCAGAGUAACUGCUGAGAAUUGAGGACACGUGCUUUACAUUUUGUUGCUGCAGGGCCAAAACCUUCAAUGUCCCAAACUGUUGCUUUUCAGGAAAUGGGAAAAAGGCAAAUUUGAAAAACUUUUAUUGAGCUAUUUACCUUUGACAAAGUC